GUUCAUUUUAUAGGCGUGCCCCUGUGGGCGUGGUUAACACACGUGCUUCAUUGAUGGUGCAAUAUUAACUUUCCUGUCUCAUUCUCUAUUUUACUUUUAGAGAAGAUGUCUUUUCUACAAGGAGGAGAAGAAAAAAUAAAAGAGUUGACCAGCCUACAGACUAACCAGGACAAUGUUAGGAAUAUAUGCAUUCUUGCUCAUGUUGAUCAUGGCAAGACAACACUCUCUGAUUCAUUGAUAGCUAGUAACGGGAUAAUAUCUCGCCGACAAGCAGGAAAGUUGCGUUAUAUGGACAAUCGUGAAGACGAGCAGUUGAGAGGAAUAACUAUGAAAUCCAGUGCAAUUGCUUUGAAGUUUGUUGAAGGUAGUGAGAAGUAUCUUAUUAAUCUUAUUGAUUCUCCUGGCCAUGUGGAUUUUUCAAGUGAGGUUUCAACUGCAGUGAGGUUGUGUGAUGGAGCACUGGUAGUUGUGGAUGUGGUUGAAGGUGUUUGCCCUCAGACUAAGGUGGUCCUUGAGCAAGCAUGGCAGGAAGGUAUAAAGCCUUGCCUCGUGUUGAAUAAAAUGGACAGACUCAUCACUCACUUAAAGAUAACACCAUUGGAGGCAUAUGGACGCAUUGAGCACAUUCUACAGCAAGUAAAUGCUGUUACGGCUAGUCUAUGGACAACAGAAAUCAUGCAGCAAAACCAAGAGAAAGGAGAAGAUGGAGACAAAACGAGUGAAAACCCUCCAGCAUCUACCGAGGAUGAUGAAGUAAGACACUUUCUAGUUAGACCACACCCAUUUACCAUUGAACAGGAAGUGGUGUACAACUGGGACAGUGGUAUCGGUGAAGCGGACGAUUCUAACGUGUACUUCUCACCUGAACAAGGGAACGUGGUGUUUGCAUCUGCUAUUGAUGGAUGGGGGUUUGGGAUUGAGCAUUUUGUUCAAUUGUACACAAAGAAGUUAGGGUUUAAGGAGGAUGUACUCCGUAAGACACUCUGGGGUGACUUCUACAUUAAUAGCAAAACAAAGAGAAUAUGCAAAGGAGCCAGAGAUAAAGGUAAAAAGCCGUUAUUUGUUCAGUUUGUUUUGGAAAACAUUUGGACUGUCUACGAUGCUGUGCUGGUUAAAAAAAACAAACCUCUCAUUGAUAAAAUCACGAGCAGUUUAGGAUUAAAAAUAUCAGCACGUGACUCCACCCAUUCCGACCCUUUCAUCCACCUCACUGCUAUAUGUAGCCAGUGGCUGCCGUUAGCAGCUGCAGUCCUUGGUAUGGUGGUAAGAGUGUUGCCUAGCCCCAGAGGAUUGAGUAGGGAUAGACUGGAGAAGCUGAUGUGUGCUGGUAAUAGGAAGAUCGACUCGUAUCCAAUAGAAACACAAGAACUGGUUGACAGUUUUAUAUCCUGUAGUCCUGAACCUCAUACUCCUGUUAUUGUUUUUAUUUCUAAAAUGUUUCUGGCUGAUCUUUCUUUAGUGCGUGAGACACAGACCAGGAAAUUAACACUCGAAGAAUUGAAGAAGAAGAGAGAGGCUUUAAUUAGAAAUUUACGUUCUGGCAACACUAAACCAGCAGAAGCCAAUGAAGACAAUAAUGAAGAUAAUAUUGAAGAAACGGUAAAGCCAGAGCCUGAAGUUCCCCCUCAUCAGUUCCUGGCAUUCUCUCGUGUGUUUAGUGGAACACUGAGAAAAGGUCAAAAACUAUUUGUACUACAGCCUCGCUAUGACCCCACCUUAACCUCAACACCUCUCCUUCAAACCACACCCACUCAAGAAGAUGUGAUCCUCCCACCUCACGUAACCACGGUAACUAUCACCAAACUCUAUCUCAUGAUGGGCCGGGACCUUUUGGAGGUGGAGUCUGUUGCCUCGGGCAAUGUAGCCGGUAUUGGUGGACUUGGAGAUAGCAUUGUUAAAAGCGGCACUCUCUCCUCUUCACUGGCUUGUACUUCAUUCAGGGAGUUACAGUCGGUUGCUUUUCCAAUUGUACAUGUAGCACUAGAAGCUGUUCAUUUCUCUGACCUACCCUCCCUUGAUAAAGGACUCGAGCUACUCGACCAAUCAGAUCCCUGCGUUAGAUGUACGUAUCAAGAAACUGGCGAGAGGAUUCUAUCAACUGCUGGGGAGGUACAUCUUCAGCGUUGCCUUGACGACCUCCGGAAUGUCUAUGCAGGGGUUGAGCUUAAAGUGUCUCCUCCUAUAGUUCCAUUUAGGGAGACGGUUAUUGCCAGACCGACUGUUGAUAUGGUUAAUGAGAUUAUAUCGUCAGAGAAUGAGCUGAUUGGUCAGUAUACCGAAAGCCACGCCUCUAAAAAUAAUGGACCCGUUACAUGUUCGACUCCUGGGAACAAUCCGCAUCUCAUUAAAAUAUUAGCCACGCCCCUUCCUGAGACUCUAAUUGAUGUAUUAGAUAAAUCCUCUCGUCUACUUAAAAUUUUGACUUCAAUGGGUGGAGCUAGUUACCAUGGUAAUGAGGAGGGUGUGGUCGAAGGUCUCCAGACCUUGUAUGAAGAUUUAAAGAACUGUCUUGAGACUGCAGACAAAAAGAAAUGGAAUGGAGCCAUUGACCGAAUAUGGUCGUUUGGCCCUCGUAAUUCCGGGACGAACAUCCUCUUAAAUAAAAUCAGUUCUUAUGAGCGACCUUCGAUUUGGAGGGGCGUGGUCAAUCAAGAUAAGGGUGUGGUCGGUCAAGAGGCUACCGAUCCGGUUUUAAGAAAUUAUGAUAAUUCGAUUAUUAGUGGUUUUCAGUUAGCGUCACUCUCUGGUCCACUCUGUGAAGAGCCUCUCCAUGGGGUUUGUUUUGAGGUACUUGAAUGGACGGAGCCCACUAGUGAAGAUGAGUCUGAACAAGAUACUCUAAGAGGGCCUGUGUCCGGUCAGUUGAUAUCAGUUGUUAAGGAGUGCUGUCGUCAAGCUAUGCUAGCUCAACCAACGAGAUUAGUAGCACCAAUGUACUCUUGUAUCAUACAGGCAGCUACUGGUGUAUUGGGAUUUUUCUCUCAUUGGGAGGUAUUGCCCUCUGAUCCAUUCUGGGUACCCUCUACUGAAAUGGAAUUAGAACAUUAUGGAGAGAAAGCAGACACUGAGAGUCAAGCAAGAAUAUACAUGAACUCAGUGAGGAAGAGGAAAGGACUGGCAGUGGAUGAGAAGAUUGUUGAACAUGCAGAAAAACAAAGAACAUUAAAAAGAAACAAGUAAUACAUUUAGGAGGAGACAGGCUAUAUUUUAUCAUGAUAUUGAAUUAAGUGCAUUAAUUUAUCAAUUUUGAGUAUUCUGUUUUAUUCAUGCACAUGUGGCAACCUACUAUCAGUAGAUCCAAUGUAA